AUGCGGAGCGGCCAUUACAUAGCGAGUUUCCCUGGGAAGGUCGGGAGGAAUAGGGAACCAAGCGAAUAACAUCAACGACAACUCGCUGUUGUUAAGAUCAGGGUCAUCUCUAUAACAAUAUUUAGGACAACUACGUGUUAACGUAUUUGCGGUAAAAUACUCGGAUACGCUUUUUAAUGGUUGUAAUAACAUUCAGUUUUGAACGUUAGCUCUAGCUUUAAGAUUACCAAUAGGCUAGCAAAGCGGCCAAACCCGUAUCCUGUAUCCAAGUCAGCGAGUCAGCAGGCUAAUUUGAAAAGCGCCGAUAGUCCCGACUCAGUGGUGUUACGACAGUGGUAUUAAUCAGUUUUCACUCAUAAUGGACGAUAAAGCGUUCACAAAGGAAUUAGACCAGUGGGUCGAGCAACUGAAUGAGUGCAAGCAGCUUACGGAGAAUCAAGUGAGGACGUUAUGCGAAAAGGCUAAAGAGAUAUUGACAAAGGAGUCAAAUGUACAGGAGGUUCGUUGCCCUGUCACAGUAUGUGGAGAUGUGCAUGGCCAGUUCCAUGACCUCAUGGAGCUCUUCAGAAUUGGGGGAAAGUCACCUGACACCAACUACCUGUUUAUGGGAGACUAUGUGGACAGAGGCUAUUACUCAGUGGAAACAGUAACGCUUCUUGUAGCACUAAAGGUCCGUUUCCCAGAACGCAUUACAAUAUUGCGGGGUAACCAUGAGAGUCGACAGAUCACACAGGUGUACGGCUUUUAUGAUGAGUGUUUGAGGAAAUAUGGCAACGCAAACGUCUGGAAAUACUUCACUGACCUUUUCGACUACCUGCCACUGACUGCCCUGGUUGAUGGGCAGAUAUUCUGCCUGCACGGUGGUCUGUCUCCAUCAAUAGACACUCUGGAUCACAUUCGAGCUCUGGAUCGCCUGCAGGAAGUUCCACACGAGGGCCCGAUGUGUGAUUUGCUGUGGUCAGAUCCGGAUGACCGUGGAGGCUGGGGCAUCUCCCCCAGAGGUGCUGGUUACACCUUUGGACAGGACAUUUCUGAAACCUUCAACCAUGCCAACGGUCUUACACUUGUCUCCCGUGCCCAUCAACUUGUCAUGGAGGGAUACAACUGGUGUCAUGACAGAAACGUUGUCACCAUUUUCAGUGCACCAAACUACUGCUAUCGCUGCGGCAACCAGGCUGCUAUCAUGGAACUGGAUGAUACUCUUAAAUAUUCCUUCCUUCAGUUUGAUCCUGCACCUCGACGUGGGGAGCCCCAUGUGACCCGCCGCACCCCUGAUUACUUCUUGUAAAUGUGCACUGGCCUGAUGUAGGAACACAAGACCUCUGAAGCAAGCAACAAAACCUGACAAAUCCCAGUAUAGCUAUAUAAAAAUGCCCAGUGUACAUGUAUUGGGAUAUGUUAUGACAUGAAAGCACUAACAUGGACCAAAAUGUGCCAUAUAAGCAUUAAUGCAGAAAUACAAAUUGCCCUGUGUCUCAGUACUGCUACACAGUGUCCUGUUUUAGCCUAGUGCAAUUGCCUGCUGUAAACUAUUGAUAGUAAUGUUCUCUUUGUUCUUGAAUUGUACAUUACUCUGAGCAAAAUAAAAAAAAAGAAAAAAAAGUGACAACUAGCUUUCCCCCAAUAUCACUGGACAACGUACUUUGAGUUGGCAAGGCCAGGCAUGUGAAAUACAGUAAUAUUUUAUACAACAAAUGCACAAGCUUACAUCCCUUCCUGUCAGAUCACCAAAAACACUAUACUAUUGGGAAUGAAUGCUUAAACAGAAGGAGUCUUCUCUCCUUUUUGGGAGUGUAUGCUUUCAUGUAUAUGGACCCUUAUCUUGACCCUACUGUCCCCUUUGUCUAAUCUUUACCAUUUUUGUGUUUACCGUCUCUACUCUGUGUAUGUGUCAUUAUGUGAUUGCCUCUUCUUUGGUGUAUUUGAACUAAUAAAGUACUUUUAAUCGCAAA